AUGGCGCUAAACCAUGCAGUUCUGCUCACUGUCCUGUUCGGGUCAUUAGUGUACACCUAUGGCGCCACCUGUUCUGUCCUGCAGGACAUGUACUCUAAGACAUGUCUGGGAAGCCGUUUUACCAUCCGGUGUAUAGGCGUGACGAUUCCUCGCAUUAUGACAUAUGACGAGUGUCAUCUGAAUGUCACUGACAUAAUGUUCCGUAACAGUGUCGUUGAAAGUAUAGAGGACAACAGCCUUCCGGGACUUGUAUUUCUCGAGGUAUUUAAUUCCACAAUAAAAAACAUUUCCGACGGCGCCUUCAACAACUGCGCCCAUACCCUGACCGGCCUCCGUUUAAGCAGGUCGGUAAUCCCAGACGUCCCAAACGUUCUGAGAGGCUUGCAGCAUCUGGGCGUCUUGCUGCUACGUGACCUCACGAUCGGCACCUGGAACAGCUCCGACCUUCACCUUGUCGGUCAGACCGUCUCGCAUCUGAAUUUGGGCAACAAUUCCUUGACCACGUGGCCGGACUGGAUGCAGAACUUCAACGCUCUGAGAAUUCUGGAAUUUGUCGAUAACCCAGUGACGACCAUCCCGGAUGACUCACUACAAAACGUUGCCAGUACCUUGACCGAUCUAAACGUUGUUGGCGCUUUAACACACAUCCCCAGCGGUUGGUCAGAGUUGAAAGCACUAACAGGUUUAACGCUAAGAAAUAACAGAUUAACACAAGUCAGGAACAUACCCCCGCAGAUAACUAACCUUAACCUGGCCAAUAAUCGAAUCACAGAAAUCACCAUCGACUCCUUUCCUUUACCGUCAAGUCUUGAAAUACUAGACCUCUCAAGAAACCCAAUCACAACCAUCACCAAAGACGCCUUCACCCAUCUCCAGACUCUAAGUUUCCUGUCUUUGAGAUACACCAGCCUGACGAGGAUGCCACUGGCACUGACGUUACUCACCCAUGACAGCUACAUAGACAUGAGGAACAUCACGGGUCUGGUGUGCACGUGCCUGGAGUCUGGUCUGACACCCUGGUUCUCUGCCCACCCCGCCCUGAAGGUUGAUGGAAAUUGUGGUGAAGUCGGUGUCCAGUUGUUUUUUACCCAGGUCGCUGUCAGCUGUCCGAGCUAUACCUUCCACCUAAACCUUGUCUACUUCCAAGCUUUCAGCGUAAAACAGAAAAUGGCGCUAAAUCAUGCAGUUCUGUUCACCGUCCUGUUCGGGUCCUUCGUGUACACCUAUGGCACCACCUGUUCUGUCCUGCAGGACAUGUACUCUAAGACGUGUCUGGGGAACGGUUAUACCAUCAGGUGUAACAACGUGACAAUUCCUCGCCUGAUGACAUAUGACGAGUGUCACCUGAAUGUCACCGAGAUAAUGUUCCGCGACAGCGUCAUCGAAAGCAUAGAGGACAACAGCCUGCCAGGACUUAAAUAUCUCGAGGCAUUUAAUUCGACCAUUAAAAAUAUUUCCGACGGCGCCUUCAACAACUGCGCCCAGACCCUGACCAGCAUCCAUUUCAGCAGAUCGGAAGUUCCAGACGUCCCAAACGUUCUGAGUGGCCUUCAACAUCUGGGCGUCUUGGAGCUGCGUGACGUCACCAUCGGCACCUGGAACAGCUCCGACCUUCACCUUGUUGGUCAGACCAUUUGGAAUUUGAUUUUGGCAAACAAUUCCUUGACCACAUGGCCGGAAUGGAUGCAGAACUUCAAAGCUCUGAAAUAUCUGGACUUUGUAGAUAAUCACGUGACAACCGUCCCGGACAAUGCCCUGCUAAAUAUAGCCAAUACCUUGACCGAUCUAAAUUUUGAGGACGCCAACUUAAUACACAUUCCCAAUGAUUGGUCACAGUUGAAAGCAUUAAAACGAUUAACGUUAAUGGAUAAUAUAUUGACAGAAGCAAGGAACAUACCCUCACAGCUAUCAUACUUAAACCUCGUCAAUAACCGAUUCACAGAAAUAACCGUCGACUCGUUUCCUUUAUCUUCAAGUCUUGUAGAGCUAGACCUCUCAGAAAACCCUAUCACAUUCAUAUCCAAUGACGCUUUUCGCAAUCUCCAGGCUUUAAGUUACUUGUCUUUGAGGUACACCAGCCUGACCAGGGUGCCACUUGGCCUGACGUUCUUGACCCAGCCCAGUCACAUUGACCUGCGGGAUGUGACGUCACUGGUGUGCACGUGCCUGGAGUCUGGUCUGACACCCUGGUUCUCUGCCCACCCCACGCUAUUACUUGAAGGGAUAUGUGGUGACAUCAGUAUCCAGUCAUUUUAUACAGAGCUCGCUUUCAGCUGUCCGGGCUAGUGUGUUCUGUUGUUUAACUCUUGUUGGAGCCAAGAGCUUGGAAAAGUGAGGGUUUUUUUUAAUGUAAUUAUUUACUAUGCAUCUCUCAUUCAAAUAAUUUAUUAAUGCCCGGGGACAAACUUUCGAUUUGCACCCCCCUUGAACUUUUCAUUUGCA